CAGCGUUGGAUGCCAGUUGGAAAAUCUCCAGAUAUUAUACCUUUACCGCCACCAGUCAUCAAAGUCAAACGCAAAGCACAUGCUGCAUUCGAUGCCAAACUACGAAAAGUCUUGCCUGCCAACAAGAUUAUGGAACUCAACCCUAAAGAACAAUUUGAAGGCCUUCAUCAAGUUGGCAGCGGUGCCAAUGGUGCGGUAGUCAGGGCAACAAAGAAACAUUCCAAUAACCAAGUGGCAAUUAAGCGUUGUUACAUUGAAGAUCUUGAUACGCCACAUCACGCUUAUAUUCUGCGAGAAUUGCGUAUUAUGGGCUGCCUUAAUCACCCUAAUUUAAUUCAAAUCAAAGAAGCCUGUUUAUGGGAUGAUCAUCUCUGGAUGUGUAUGGAGCUCAUGUCCUGUUCCGUAUUCAACCUCCUGUAUAAUACCACCGUCGGUCUUUCUGAAGGCAACGCUGUUCGUGUCGCACGAGAGUGUCUGGAAGGCUUGGUCUAUCUCCACUCCAAGAACUACAUGCAUCGUGACAUCAAGUGUGAGAACAUCCUCUUGGGCCGCAAUGGCCAAGUGAAGCUUGCUGAUUUCGGUUUAGCUACUCCCAUUAACCGAGUGAAUACGAAUCGAUUAGGCACAGCCAAAGUAAGUAAUAGACCAAAAAAAAAGCAGAUGACCUAUUUUCUAACUAUUUCUUGUUAUAGUGGAUGGCACCGGAGGUAG